CCUUUGCGCCACUUCCGCUCCUUCUAUCCCAGUAGCCUUUGCGUCGCCACAAGCAUUUUAUCCCGUCGUGCCUCGCGGCCGGAAGCGGAAGUGCCUGAAGCGGAAGUGCCGCUAUGGCUCAGGGGGUCCCCAAAGCCGCGGCCAAACGGCCCAAAACGACGACGACGGCGGCGGCGCGGGGGGGGCGGGGGCCGAGGAAGGGAGGCCGAACCAUCGCCCCAAAGAAGCUCCGCGUGGUCCAACAGCAGCAGCUGAAGAAGCGCCUGGAGAUCGGGAUCCGGCUGCGGAUCGAGCGCGAGACGGCGCAGCGCGCGCAGGGCGCGCUCCCGAAGAGGCUCUCGGUGGUCGCGGCGCCGCCGCCCCCCAAAAACGGCAAAGCCAAGAAGGGCCGCGGCUGAAACCCCCCGCCCCGGGACCCCCCGAGGGGCUGGGGGGGGGGCUGGGAGGGUCCGGGCUGGUCUCAGCCACCUCCCCCCCCCGCGUUGUUUGUUUAAUAAAAGGGAUUUGGGGGGCGCGACCCCCCUCCCACA